GACACUUCUCUGGACCCCAACACUCUUUGACCUAGGUGCUGUUCCUUUUUAAUCACUGUGUGGUGAGGGGGGAAAGGAGUUUUGCCUUUACAGCAUCCCCACACCCCCAUGUCCGGCUGUUGUGCAGAGUGGAUGCUGCUUGGCCAUGGAGCUGUUCUCUGUGUCCCGCUGAGUGGCCAUCUUGGUGAUCAGUGAAGCCAGCAUGUGUCAGUCGGAGAUGCCAGGGGCCGGACUGGGCCUCAACAGUCCGGACCCGCUUGUGAGAGAGGCUUACCUGAUGGCCCAUGACUACAUAGACUAUGUGAUCACAGGAGGUGCCGAUGGCACCAUGGGCCCUGCCCCAACAGCCUGCACCACAGCCCUGCGUCACGCCGGGGACGAGCUCCUCACCCGCUUCCCCAUUUUCUUCAGGCGUUGGCCUCGCGUCUUCCAGGAUGUGACGGAGCACACGGCCUGCCCCACACUCAUGAGCAUCCUGGAUGAGCACUUCUUCUCCCCUGUCCCUGGGGCCCGCCGCAGGGACCUGGCCUGGAGCGCGGUGCUGUCGGUGUAUGUGCUGGCUGGCCAGAUGGCUCUGCACUGCCGGGACAGAGGCAUGGUGGAGGCCCUGCCCCAGCUGAAGGAGUGUGUGGGGGCCUACGUGGAGAGGGUCAUCUGCCCUGAGAUACGAGACAAGGGAGGAUGGGUAAGAUACAACACGCUUAUUCUCUUCAUCCACCUACUUUAA